AUGGGAGACACUGCAAAGGCCAUCCAGGCGCUCAAGGAGUCACGGCCUCCAGCAACAGACAACUUCACCUAUCUCACCCUCAUCGAGCAGUUUCUCUCACCAGACAUCCUGCCCACCCUCAACGAGAUCCUGCAAGAUGCAAAUCUCACCUCGGAAAUCGGAUGGGACCUGGUCGACAAACUGGCCCCAUUGCAAGGGUCAGAGCCAGUCCUUGAGACCGUUGCCCGCCUCGGCAACCCCCGCGAGUGCAUCAUCAAGGUCCUCGAGGUGCUCGAAGAGCUGCAGGUGCCCUCGGAGAAGGUUGAGCCCGAGGACCUGACGCUGGACGACGGCGACGAGGCCAAGGGCAAGCUCCAACCAGUCUCCAUCGACGAGGCCAACCGCCGCUUCAUUACCCUUCUAGGCAUGCUCGCCAUCCUCCACAAGCGCAUCAAGACAAAGUACCCCUCGCGCUUCCUCGCUUCCAGCCUUCUCACCGUCUACAAGACAUACCAGCCCAACCAGGAGCAGACUGCCUCCAUCCUCAACCUCGUCCACUCCCUCUCUGGCCACAGGGCUCGCCCGCCUCUGCCCCAGAGGAAGUCUAGCGUUAAUGUUGCCAACCCGGACCAUGAUGGUGAUGCUUCCAAGAACGCCCCAGACCCUGAGGCUGAUCAUGAUGAGAACUCAUCGGAGGAGGAUGAGAUCCAGAGGCGGCUGUUACUGUCCUUUACCAGUUGCGUGCUUGAGUCGUAUAUUGGCGCCAACGACAUGUCCUGGUCAAGGAGGUUGUUAGAGUUCUACAACCCCGAGAAGGUAGUCCCUGGUAGGAAAACAGCCACGCAGGCCUUUAGGGAGGACGAGAAGCUCUCCAACAGGGAUGCUAUGGUUGGGAAGCUGGUGGCACUUACACGGGAUCUUGGCCUGUCCAAAUGUCCCCGAUCUAUCAUACAUGACAUAUGCAAUGAGCCAGUCAACAGGCAGCCCUUGACAAAUGUAGAAGAGGCAUCCAACGCAGCAGACAUCGACCUCUCAACGGGCGGCAUGAUAUGUCUGAUGGCCUAUUGGGUGUUUUCAUCAACUGUCUUCGACGCCAACGCGCCCACGCCCGAAAUGCACCUCUUCCCAGACCACCUGACGCUCCUAGAGAACUUCCUGGGCGAGUCGCCCCAGUCGCAGAUCAUCGAACACCCAGCGACUAUCGAGGCGAUCCUGGUGCUUGGCCUGUGGCUCGAGGAGAACAAGCUCAUCUCCCCCGAGACGGGCAAGGACAAGGACGAGCCCAAUUUCAUGUCGUACCACCACGCCCUCACCCUCUGCUCCGUCUUCCACCCAUCAAUACACGUCCGCAACGCCGCCGUCACGUUGGCAGGCCUGAUCUUGCACGACGACCCCGACGACGCGGACCGGCUCAAGAUACUCGAGGACCUGCUGGAGAAUGCGCCUUUCGCCUCGCUCAAGGCCUGUGCAUUGACGUGGCUGCGUGAGGAGCUCAUCAGCGCACACAAAGCCGUCUCCUCCGGCAAGGCCAAAGAGGGCCAGCAAACCAACAUCUUUGCUACGACGCAGUGCAUCGAAGAGCUGCAGUACCACAUCUUCCCGAACUUAGUAUCGACGCUCGACAAGGCCGGCAAUGAGGCGCUGCUCGAGUACUGGACCGAGAAUUCGGCAUUCUUGAUCCAGGCGGCCAACUUUGCCUACUUCCUGUUCGCGUCAGACGCGUGCAAGGACGUUGUACCUGGGGCUAUGGGCGCGGCUGUCGAGCAGCGCUACGUGGAGCCGCUGCUGGCCGCAGCGGGGAGGCUGGAAGAGUGGAUACGCAAGGAGGGCGACGGUAACGACGACCAGGGCGGCCAGGCGGUGCUGCUGGAGCUGGAUAUCCUGCAGACCAGGCUGAAGGGCCUGCCACUGCAUUAG